UACCUAGAAUGUGACAAAAACCAAGCAAUGAAAUCCCAGAAACUCUCUUAAACCUCUGUGAUAAAAUUGUGGCAAGGAGCUGAUCAGGGUGAGGAUAUAAAACCAAAGCUUUGAGUGUGCCCAGGAGUACAGUGUCUUCAGUAGUUGUGAAAUGGAAGACAUUGGGAUUCUUCCUAGAGUUGACCAUUUGACCAAACAGAGUAACUGGGCAAAAAGGGGCUUGAACAGGGACAUUAAAGGUUUAGUCAUCUGUCAGAGUUUCUUACCUGUAAUGAAUCCAACAGUGACUUUAACAGAGCUUCAGAAGUGGGAGAACCUGUUGGAAGGAUGACUAUCUCAGCAACACUCCAUCCAUCAGGCCUUUACGGUAGAGUGACUAGAUGCAGGUCUCUUUGAGUAAAGGCCAUAUGAACGCCUGCUUGGAGUUUGCCAGACACCAUUCAAAGGAUUCUGAGAGCAGAGGAAAAAUGAUCUAGUCUGAUGAAACAGAAACUGAACCCUUUGGGCAGAACUCCAAAUGCUAUGUCUGGCUAUGCCUAAUACCAUCCCUACAGUGAAGCAUGGUGGUGGCACUAUCAUGCUAUGGGGAUGAUUGUCAGAGGCAGGGACAGGGAGCCUGGUCAGAAUUGAGGGAAGGAUGAAUGUAGCCAAAUACAGAGAGGUCCUUGAAGAAAACCUGCUCCAGAAUGCACAUGAACCAAACCCAUCAUCAUGGUCGGCCAUCACAGAGCAACUAACGGACAAGAGAAGGCAGCGAUGGUGGGCCAGAAGCCGGAUCUCCAUAUCUCCCUUUAGUCAUUAGGACCCUCCCUGGAGAGAGAGGCUUUCUAUCUGCUGCCUGUCAGCAGCUGGGCUUCCUCUACCCCAUGAGAGAAAGAGUCAUACACACUGUGAGCCAUCCCAUGUUGUGAGAGAGAGAAAGAGGGCUGCCGCUUCCAUCUGAAUGCUAUUGAAUGUUAAUUGAAAAGGGUAUAUAUGUUAUUAAAUUAAACAGAGAACACCAUCUGUUUUAAAAGUAAAAUAGCUGGUGUAUGUUUAGGGAGCUCAGUUAAUCCUUUAGGUCAUUGCUGAUGUAAUGUUUCAGUGCUUUUGAGCCCAGGAAGCCUGAUGUUAAAGUGCACAGUUUAAACUCAAUUAAAGGUUUAGUCAUCUGUCAGAGUUUCUUACAAUGCAAUGAGGCUUAGUAAUGCACAUGGAUCUGAUCUACAUUUCUCCUGUGCCUUUGGAGUGAGCAUCUUAAAAAAAUCCUGUCUUGCCUGUUAGAGACCUGAGGGAUGGGAUUGAGAGUGAAUGUGAUCAGGGAUGCACAAAUAGAUAUGUUACAGUGAUGCAACAAAUCAAGUAAGAAAGUAAUUGAGUCAGUUAGUCAGAUGUGGCACAGGAGGGAGGGUGUGGUGUGUUUGGGACCUUAUCUGCUCCCUGCAGCACUGUCUGUGUGUGUGUGAGAGAGAGAGAGUGUGUGAGUUGAGUAUGCUUCAUUUGGGGAGUGGCCAGCUCUUUUCUGAAGAUCCUUACCGUAACUCUUUACUCUUUCUCCAAUUACCGAGUCGUAUCACCAGCUAACUUCCUGUUAGUGGUUCUAACACUGCUGUCUGCAUGUGAGCUUUUACUGCUAGUGCUCUGCAUUCUCUAUAGCUCUGCAUUUCCACUGGACUGUGCCCUGAGAAAUCCAGCAUCCUUAAUGUGAGGCUGUCCCCACCCACACCUGGUUGUAAGACACCCACUGCAAAACAGUAGAAGAUGAGCAAGUCCCCCACCCCCAAGGGCACCCCGGUGCAGCGCAGCCCCAGUGAUGGCGUCCCUGAGGGCCUCCAGUCUCCUCAGCAUUCCACACCUGGUUCUGGACCCCAACAUAAGAAACGCAUCUCCAGCCUCCUUCAGAGUCCGUCAUUCAGGGAGGAGUUGGAUGUGCUCAUUCAGGAACAGAUGAAGAAGGGUGGCAGCUCAUCCAACCUCUGGGCACUGAGACAGCUCGCUGAUUUCAUGGCCUCACAUGGUUCUCCAGCUGCUCUGCCAGUCUCCCCUUCCAACAUGAUGAUGGUGACACCCAUCAACGACCUGCAUGGGUGGGAGCCUGGCAGCAUGGUGAAGGGGGAGAGGCUGAUGCGCUGCAAGCUGGCCAGCACCCAUCGCCUGUUCGACCUCUAUGGCUGGGCCCAGAUCAGCCGCACCUGUCUCACUCUACGUGUCAGUAAAGAACAGGAACACUUCCUGGUGCUUCCAGACGGCCUGGCCUACAGCGAGGUGACUGGAUCCAGUCUGGUAAAGGUGAACAUCCUGGGUGAGGUGGUGGAAAAGGGCAGCACCAACCUGGGUGUGGACACAGAGAAGUUCAGCCUGCACUCUGCCAUCUACUCGGCCCGGCCAGAUGUUCGCUGCCUGCUUCACCUCCACACACCGGCCACGGCAGCGGUAUCAGCUAUGAAGUGUGGCCUCCUACCACUGUCCCAUGAAGCUCUGCUGGUUGGUGACGUGGCCUACUAUGACUACAAUGGAGUCAUGGAGGAGGAGGAGGACAGAGUGGAACUGCAGAAGAGUCUGGGACCCACCUGUAAGGUUCUGGUGCUGAGAAAUCACGGCAUCGUGGCUCUUGGGGAGUCUGUGGAGGAGGCCUUCUACACCAUCUAUCACAUCCAGGCUGCCUGCCAGAUCCAGGUGUCAGCUUUGUGUUGUGCUGGUGGUGAACAGAACUUGAUUUUGCUGGAUCGUACCACCCAUAAACCCAACCCGGCCGGCACCGUGGGCUGGGCUGGCUCCACUUUUGGGCCCCUUCACAAGAGUCGUGUCGGGGAGCAUGAGUUUGAAGCUCUCAUGAGGACUCUGGAUAACCUGGGCUACCGUACCGGCUACACGUACCGUUUCCCUGUGCUUCUGGAGCGAUCGCGGAUGCGGAGGGAGGUGGAGGUGCCCGCAACCGUCACAGCCUUCUACCAGUUUGACGAUGACGGAGUCCACCCGGCUCUGAGGCAGCACCCUUUUGCCCAGCGCCAGCAGCAGGAGAGGACCCGAUGGCUCAACACCCCCAACACUUACCAAAAAGUCAGCCAAGAGCAAGCCAGCCCUGGGCACCAGCGCACCACUUGGCUGAAGACAGAAGAGGUGACACAAGCUGGUAGCACAUCCAUCAAGAUAGAGAAUCCAAACCAGUUUGUGCCUCUUUUCACCAACCCUCAAGAGGUGAUUGAAACACGAAACAAGAUCCGACAGCAGAACCGUCAGGACAUGAAGACAGCAGGACCACAGUCUCAAGUCCUUGCCAGUGUCAUAACAGAGGACAGUCCUCCGUCUCCAGUCAGCCCACCCAAAGUCCCACCUGAGCCAGAACCUCCCAACCCCUUCAACCAGCUGACGGACCAGGAGCUGGAGGAGUACCGCAAAGAAGUGCAGAGGAAACAAGACGGAGGGACCAAUGGGGAGGAGGUGGCAAAUGACAAGGAGUCUUCCCCUGCUACCUCCCCCACAAAGGGCCCUCCGCCCAGCCAACCUCCUCUCUCAGAAACAGAAGAGGCAAAGACCAAUUCUCCAGCCAUACAGAACGGAGGUGAGGAGGAGAAGCAGACGACAGAAGAACUGGAGAAAGGCAUGAAGGCUCUUUCAACCAACGACACCUCCACCACCCCGGCUGCUCCACCUGUCAAACCGCAAGGUGGCACCCCAGAGGGCUCACCCUCCAAGUCUCCAUCCAAGAAGAAAAAGAAGUUCAAGCCGCCAUCGUUCCUGAAGAAAAGCAAGAAGCAGAAGGAGAAAGCAGAGACCUGAGGCGUCCACACACACUAGGCCUCGGUGAAAUACUACUGUGAAAUAUUUCUUAGUGUAUGGUGUAUGAGUAGCAGAUGGAGUUAACCACGUCAGAUCUAUUCAAACAGUAAUUCACAGACACAGUGUGCUAAACUGACUUUCAACUGCUUUACUGUAAACUGCUGCUCACUGAUUUGAUCUAUGUGGUUGUUCAUCUCAAGUAGGUUAAAAACACUGAUAAUUAUUUUCACAUACUAUUUGACCCAGGUCAGAUACAGCCCAACAUUCUGACGCACUACUUCUUGUACACACACACACACACACACACACACACACACACACGCUGUGUAUUACUCACAUCUUAUUUUCACCUGCUGUGCUAUUUAACCAUUAAUUAACUUCACUGUAUAAGCAUUCGAACAUGUUAGUUUUUCAAACUGGGAUCACUACUGUGGUCCUGUGCACUUGCCGCUUGGAAUUAUUAUUUUUUUAUCCACACCUUUGCAAGACACUGGAAAUUUAAGUCCCCAUUAAUUAUGCACCCCUUAUCCAUCUAUAGGGACUCGACAUAUGUAUAUUGGCAUUCUAGUAUGUUGCAUUUGUUCAUCAUCAUAGGCAUCUUGUAGUCAUGAUUUGGUUCUAAUUAUCAGAUAGAUGUUGCAGGUACACUGUGUGAGCACAGGUGCAGUACAUUAGAAAUAUACAGAUAGCUACUGAUUGUGCUCUUCUGAAUGCUGGUUGUGUGUAAACCUAUCAGCCUAUUGACAUUAUUACAGCAGGGAUGAACAUGGAAAACAAGAAUGCAGGGGAAAAUAUACUGGCUCGCAACAAAACACAAGCCGCUAUAAAUGCCACUAUUACCAAAAAGGGAUAAAGCGUAAAGAAUUUGUUGCUUGUUGAUGCAGUUUGAAACCCAGUAAUAGAAGAAACUGAAGGUACUAAACAUUCCACUUUUCUCAUCUUCUUUUAAAUGUAUGUGUGCAAAAUACCUCUUAACAGUUGUAAUAAUUUUCCGUUUAAACCAGUAGCUGUUAUCAAAAUGCUGACGUGUGAUGUUUGCUCAUGGUUUUAAUUUAUUUUAUAUUAGAAUGUAUAAGUGAGUGUUGCAAGGUUACCAUGUAUCAGUCUGUCAUUAAAAAUCAAGUUUGAUUUAAACCCA